CAGCUGUCAAUCCCAUAAUCCAAUGCGCGGUUCAUAACUUUUGACGAAGGGAAAUGCGUGAAUCAAUCAAGAAUUACUCCCUACGUGUCUAGUGAAUUUAGGUGAAAACUGAGCCAAUGGCGCCACGAGUAGAUGAUGUCUUGCGCCUCUGCUGUGAACUGUCAGCUCAUGACCAGAUCAAAGUUGCGGUGAAAAACUCAACCAAAGGAGCCCUAGUGGCAGGAGGAACUGCCUUUGUAGGGGGGCUGUUUGCUGGACCACCUGGGAUCGCUGUAGGUGGAGCUGUGGGUGGUCUGUUGGGCAGCUACAUGACCAGCGGCCAGUUCAGACCUCUGCCUCAGAUCCUGAUGGACCUGCCUCCAUCCCAGCAGCAGAGGCUCUACCAGGACGUCAUGGCUGUUUUAGGUAACCUGAACUGGACGGACGCUGCCCAGCUCAUCGCCCUGGUGAUGGGCAACGCCACCCUCCAGCAGCAGGUCACCGCCGCUCUGCUCAACUACAUCACAAAUGAACUGAAGGCGGAGGUGCGUUAUGAAGACUGAGGCACAGCGGGGUUUUCAGCCUGGCGAAAACAGCCUGAAGUCUUUACAACACAAAGGCUGAAUUUUCUACUGGAUUCAGGACUGAAUUAUGGAAUUUAGUAUUUAUCAAUCUGAACAAGAAAAAAAAAACAUCACUGGAGUACCUUAAGGAAUUCAUAUCACAUUUUGUACAUCAUAAGUAUGCCAAUUUUCUUCUAUUGUUUUUAUAAUGUUGUAAAAUAAUAAACCUCUUAUUUUGAACAAGAAGAAAAUGAACCUGUUGCCACACUCUGUAUCAGGGUGUUUUAAAUACCUCUGUUCAGGAGUUUCAAAUAAAAAGGAGCAACUUUUGAUGAA